UGACCGAGACUCGCCCGCGCCCGCACACGAUGUCUGUCAAUGUGAAUCUGUGGCCUCGUUCACGCUGUCAUCGCCGCCAUGCUCGCUGUUCGCCAAUAGGGAUUACAGGGAGCACACCUUCACCUCCGCAGUCUCCGAUAGUCUCGACGCGUCUGUCUGCUUUGGCGCCUGACACGGUCACCUUGCUCAAAAGCGCAUACGCACGUCCGCCGUCCUAACGCCGGCUAUAUUGCUCUCCACUCGCGAUCUCGCACAACUUGUAAUCUACCAUGGAUACCCCAAAGCCAGUACCACCGACGCUACCCAAAAUACAGAAGCCCAAGAUGAGGCUCGCCGUGCUCACGUCCGGCGGAGAUAGUGCUGGGAUGAACGCCGUCGUUCGUGCUGUGGUGAAGACUGCCAUAGCCAAGGGAUGCGAAGCAUGGGUCGUUCGCGAGGGUUACGAAGGGCUGGUGCGCGGAAAUGCCCAUGAGACGCAAGAGGUCAAGGAAGCCCGCGCCCGCCGCGACGACGCAAGCUUCGUACACAAUUUACGGUUCGGAGAUGGCGAGCUGCUGAGGGAUGGGACGGGCGAUCAUAUCGGUGGUCGGACGCUCAGAGGGAGGUAUAUUGUGCGAGUAGGAUGGGAUGAUGUCAGGGGUUGGUUUGGAGAGGGAGGAACGUUGAUUGGUACGGCUCGGUCCGCAACCUUCCGUACAACAGAAGGGCGGCAAACUGCCGCAUACAACAUGAUCAAAGAGGGCAUCGACGCACUCGUCGUUUGCGGUGGCGAUGGCUCGUUGACUGGCGCAGACGUGUUCAGAUCGGAGUGGCCACAGCACGUCGAAGCUCUUCGCUCACAAGGAAAGAUAAGUGAUGAACAAGCGUCAAACCACCAACAUCUCAAGAUGGUCGGGCUCGUCGGCUCGAUCGACAACGAUAUGUCCAUGACGGACCUCACGAUCGGCGCGGUGACCGCGUUGCACCGGAUCUGUGAAGCGAUCGACAACAUCAACUCGACGGCGGUCUCGCACAGCCGCGCAUUCGUGGUGGAGGUCAUGGGCCGUCACUGUGGCUGGCUCGCGCUCAUGGCGGGUGUCAGCUGCGGCGCGGACUCUAUCUUCAUACCCGAGGCACCGCCAGUGGACGAUGAUUGGGAGGACAAGAUGUGCCAACGGAUUAUGAGCCACCGCGAGAUCGGCCAGCGCAAGACUAUCGUGAUCAUCGCCGAGGGCGCACUGGACAAGUCGCUCCAGCCGAUCCAUGCGGACUACGUUAAGGAUGUGCUCACGAACCGGCUCGGACUCGACUCGCGUGUGACGACCCUUGGACACACCCAGCGCGGUGGCCCGCCGUGUGCGCUCGAUCGCAUAAUGCCCACAUUGCAAGGCAUCGAAGCCGUUAAUGCGCUGUUGGAUUCGACGCCGGACGCGCCGUCGUAUAUGAUUGGCAUGCGGGGGAACAAAAUCACGCGUGUUCCGCUGAUGGAGGCUGUCGCGGUGACUCGUGAGGCGUCCGCUGCCAUUGCGGAGAAGAACUUUGCCAAGGCAAUGUCGCUCCGUAACCCCGAGUUUGCAGAGAUGCAUGCCGGGUUCUAUGCGACGUCAGAGCUUGAGAAGGAGCCGCGAUUACCGCAUCAUUUGAGGAUGCGCGUCGGUAUCAUGCACGUCGGAGCACCGGCAGGAGGCAUGAACGCCGCGACGCGUGCGGCCGUGCGAUACUGCCUGCGCCAGGGCCACAAGCCAUUCGCGAUCCACAACGGCUUCCUCGGGCUGCUCGACGACAACGUGCACCAGCUGUCGUGGCUGGGUGUCGACAACUGGAUGACGCGCGGCGGGUCGGAGCUGGGCACGAAUCGCAAGCUGCCGGACAUCGACAUCGGCGCGGUCGCGGCCAAGUUCCAGCAGUACAACUUCCACGCGCUGCUGAUGAUCGGCGGAUUCGAGGCGUUCAACGCGCUGCUGAUACUUGACCAUGCGCGGAAGCAUUAUCCUGCGUUUCAUAUCCCGAUGGUGCAUUUGCCGGCGACCAUCUCGAAUAAUGUGCCGAUGACGGAGUUUAGUCUUGGGAGUGAUACGAGUUUGAAUGCGUUGGUGAUGGCGUGUGAUGCGAUCAAGCAGAGUGCGUCGGCGAGUCGGAAUCGUGUGUUUGUGGUGGAGACGCAGGGCGGGAAGUGUGGGUAUAUCGCGACGAUGGGCGCAUUGGCGACGGGCGCAGUCAUUGUCUACACGCCAGAACGUGGUAUCGACCUCGAUAUGCUACGCCGUGAUGUCAAGUUCUUGAAGAAGAGGUAUUCUCUUGAUACGAAGGGAAAGGCAGAGGGACGAUUGGUAUUGAGGAAUGAGGCCGCAUCAGAUGUCUACAGCACGGAGUUUAUCAAGAAGAUGCUCAAGGAAGAGGGAGGGUCACUGUUCGACUCGCGUGCGGCGAUGCUUGGGCACACCCUGCAGGGUGGCAUCCCCUCGCCCAUGGAUAGGACGCGUGCGGUGCGGCUGUCACUCCAGUGUAUGGCGUUCAUGGAGCAGCACCACGCGGAGUUGCUGAAGCAGAGCUCGCGCAUCAAGGUUGCGCCGCCCGAGUCGGCGGCGGUGAUUACGGUUCAGGGCUCGAAGGUCAAGUGGGUGCCGGUGCAGGAGAUGGUGGAUCAUGCGGACAUGAAGAACAGAAGAGGGAAGGAGGUGUGGUGGGCAUCGAUAAAUGAGCUAGUGGAGGCGAUGGUUGCGCGGCCGCAAUUGCUGGACAAGAACUUGCAGGUAGAAAUGGAAAUGGAUCCGCACUGAAGAAAU